AUGACGACCACCUCCACCACCUACCGAGAUAUAACUGCAGAGCAGAACGAGACCAACCCCUACGCCAGGUUGGUCAAUGGCCAGACCAUCGUCGAAAUACCCUCCUACACGUUGGAGUGUGGCGAGACCCUCUACAACUUCCCAGUCGCCUACAAAACCUGGGGCAGGUUGAACGACGACAGAGAUAACGUGCUCUUGAUCUGCCACGCCUUGACAGGAUCCUCUGAUGUCAGCGACUGGUGGGGUCCCUUGUUGGGCACCAACAAGACCUUCGAUCCCUCCCGCUUCUUCGUGGUCUGUAUCAACUUCCUCGGGUCCCCCUAUGGCUCAUGCUCUCCUGUCACCAUCGAUCCCGCUACUGGCAAGCCCUACGGUCCCUCGUUUCCUUUGGUGACCGUCAAAGACGACAUUGGCAUCCACAAGCUCAUUCUCGACUCCCUCAACAUCGCCAGCAUUGCCUGUGUAAUUGGAGGCUCCAUGGGCGGCAUGAUCGCCAUGGAAUACUCCACCACCUACAACAACACCAACUACGUCAAGUCGGUGGUGGCAUUGGCCACUGCCGCAAGAGCCUCAGCGUGGUGUAUUUCGUGGAAUGAAACACAGAGACAAUGCAUCUUUAGCGAUCCCUUCUACGACGAGGGAAACUAUUACGAAACCAACAAUAAACCAGAUUCGGGUUUGAGUGCUGCUAGAAUGGCUGCUUUAUUAACCUAUAGAUCAAGAAACUCGUUCGAGACCAGAUUCGGAAGAAAAUUGCCGUUCAAGACGCAAACCGAAGAGUCUGUCAAAGAAGCCGUCAGAUAUCCCAAGACCAAGGACGAAGAGAACUGGUUGAUGCACAACGAAGGACUGAAGAACUCGGGUGCAGUAUCCUCCAACUCAUCUUCUGCAAAGCCACAAACCUACUUCACUGCCCAAUCAUACUUGAGAUAUCAAGGAAACAAAUUUGUGAAUAGAUUUGAUGCAAACUGCUAUAUAUCGAUUUCCAGAAAGUUGGACACUCAUGACAUCACCAGAAACAGAGUGGAUCCUAACAAAGUCACAGAGGACCCCCUCCCCCAUGUUUUGGCCCAAUUAUCCCAACCACACUUGAUCAUAGGUAUUGAGUCCGACGGCUUGUUCACAUUUGGCGAGCAACAACUCUUGGGGGAUAAGAUCCCUAACUCCACAUUGAAGAAGUUGGAUUCGCCAGAGGGACAUGAUGCCUUCUUACUCGAAUUCGAGGUCAUUGACGAGUACUGUCGAGAAUUUCUUCAGCUGAGUCUUCCUGAGUACUACGAUGAUUCAGGAAAGGUGGAUGUGUUUGAGAAUUGGGAAGAGUUUGUGAAAUCACUUGACAACGGAGGCAAUUCUGUGUUUGGAGAAGCCGAAACGAAUAUUACCAAUUGGUAA